AGGCGUUUUUUGGCCAGGCGCGUGGGAAUCCUGGUAGUGCUCGCUAGUGGCGGACCCUGCCAGUCCUUUGCGCCCAUGAGUGCCCCAUCGCUGGCUUCGGAGACAAGCCAAGCGUCGCAAUCGGCUAAUUGGGGCACCAAGAAGUUCAGCGGCUGCAAAUAUUGCAGGCGUGACCGCACUUGGCCGAACCCGAAUACCCACAACCGUGAGGCGCGUCCCCACCUCAUGUUCAAAUCCGAUCGUCAUGGCGAAUGCCUCCCGUGCCUGGCGUUCAUCCGCAAGGUUCAUCCCGACAAGGCCUCCAGUGAGGGGAGGACCAAUCUGGCCAAGACCUUGGCCGGCAACGAGACGCUUUACCAGGAGUACACCGCAGAGCUGGGCCAGUUCGAGGAGACGUUCGUCAACAUCCCGCAAGCAUCCAAGAAGCGGAAGCUGAAGGAUGGUGAGGAGGUGCUGGGUGGCUCUGAGCAGGCAGUGACCAUGAAUGUGGAGUCCGGCUUGGAGUUGCGCAAGAGUCUGGGCGUGCUUUGGCCGACGGACUUGUUCAAGCAGGAGAUGCAGCGGGAUCCCUUGCCGAACGAGGUGACAAAGGUGGUGCAAGAUGGCGUCGCCAUCAGUGGCAUUUUGCGUGACAAGAAGUUCGGUGUGCCGCCAGGGUGCACUGAGAUCAUCGACUUGAAGCGAUCUUACGGCCAGAAGGUCAUGGAGGCGGCCAGCAGUUCCACGGCCAUCGGCAAGAAUGAGGUGGAGAACACGUGGAGGCACGUCGCCAAGGCGAACACGUUCAACGUGAGCGAGGUGAAGGACGCCGACGGCAGCCUUGCAGUAACUUCUGGGGCUCCCAAGCGUGGGCGCGACGACUUCGAUGACUUGGUGGACUUCAGUUUUAGCUUGUCCUCCUCUGGCCCACCUCCCAAGAAAGGCGCAACUCGAGGAGGCAAUCCUCGCCCGCGGGGUCCGGGCGCAGAUCCAGAACCUGCGCCGCCUGCGCCCAAAGGCAAAGCAGCUCCUCGACCUGGUGGCAUGUCUGCUAAAGCCCUCAAGGAGAUCCAGAGCGCGCAGCGGCUUUGCUUGGAGUGCGAGCAAGUCAUUGAGAACUGCCAGAGCGCGUUUGCGUGGGAGACCAUGACGGUCAAGCAGGCAGCGGUGUUGCUGGAAAGGUUGAAGGGGAAGCUCACGCCUACUCUCAUCUCCAUGUACUCCGCCGGCUACGACGCUUUGGCGGCGACUGCUGACCCACUUCCGCAGGGCAUGGCUUGCCUAGAGAACCUGCGCAAGAGCCAGCGCGUCAUGAAGCUGGUGCAUCAGAUGCUCGAGGCGGUUAACGACAAGGACCUUUCGGGGGCCGACUUGCUGCAGCAGGUGAUGGCUUGCGAAACCCCGGAGUUCAAGCCACCUGACGGCAUCAAGCAGCUUGCGUUGCAGCGGGACUUGGAGGGCGCAGCCAAGAACAAUCAGUAUGACCGCUUGCUUCACCUCCUCAGCAAUGAUAACGACGGAUUCUCCUUGGCCAUUCUCGAUGACGAGAAAGAGAAGGUCAAUUUCCAGGCUCGGGAGAUCACGAAAGUUUGCGCCAACCUCCUCCGCGAGGAGGGCAAGAUGACUGAGGUGCAGAGCUUUAUCGGGGCCAUCCACACUGCGGCCAUUUUGAAGCCUGAGCUUCCGCUCGCAAAGGAGUUGUCCAUGCUGCAAAUCCUGCUGCACCCAAUGUCUGGGGGGCAUACCACUGACGACCUGGCGCGCGCGGUCGACAGCUUCAGGUCAACCCGCAGCUUCACGCUGCACAAACUGCUGACCAACUUCCCAACAGGGAUGGCGAUCCUUGACGGAGCUGCAGAAGCAGUUCAGGUCAGAGGAAGAGACGCGGGCCAGCUGGCAAUCCUUGAGCGCGUGCACAAGGAAGCAGGGUCGCGCACUGCUGUGGGUCACCAGGAGUUUGCUGAGCUUCUCGAGCUGGCUCCUGGCCGCAAAUCGCUGUUAACCUCCUACUUGCAGAUCAUGGCUGCGAGCAGCGAAGAUUUCCAGAACGAGCCCGCCAACCGCAAGAUGCUCGAUGAGGUCCGGCAGAACGUGGCCGAACUUGCAGAAGCGUUGUGUGAAGCAGCUGGCAAGAACAACACCAGCUUGUUGGAGAGCUGCCUGGAGGCCAGCGCGAGCCUGUGCGACAAGGUCAACCAGGGAGAGGUGUCAGCUCUGUCACUGCUUGGCGACCAGGAGCCACAGGGCCAGCUGGCGGAGGUUUUGGGGCAAGUCUUCCGUGCGCGUGACGCCUGGGUUGUGCCUGAGGACUACCUCACUCAUCUGGUGGGCAAAGAGGAAAUGGAGAAGCGCUGCGCGUCGUGCCAGCAGUUGACCAACCUGCUUGACUCCCUCAAGGUGAACUUUCCCACCUUGUUGACUGCGCAGACAUUCGACCCAAGUGAUGAGAGGCACACGUCGAUGAUCAGCAUGGCCACCUGCCCAAGUGCUGAGGUGAAGGCCCAGCCGUUCUUCAGCCCCUUCCAGUCCGCUUGUGAGAGGCGGUUCAACUUCCUGGUGGACUCUUCCUUGGCUUCGUGGCUCGAGCCUCUCCUGAAGGCCGACAAAGUUGCCGAGUUCCUUGCCAAGAUGUCCCCGGACAGCAAGACCGGCGACGCCCUCAGCGUUGAGUACCUCAAUGCCACGGCCGCUUCCGUCGCUGCCCUUGCAAUGCCCUUGGUGUCGGAAGUGGCGAUGAAAUGCCAGAAGUUGCUUGCUGAGCUUCCUUACGACAAGCUCAAGGAGAGGGCAGUCGAGUUGCCCGCCGGCGGGAUUCAUGGCCCUGUUUGGCUGAUCUGCUUCAUGCCGUCAUGCCUGUCCAUCGUGAAGGCUUUGGCCGGCGUUUACUUGCUGCAGCAGGCAGUGUCAGACGGUGACGCAGCGAGGGCUAUGGACCCCUUGUUUUGCGAGGACUUCGCCCGCGCGGCCAACGAGUUCGACAAGAUGCUCACUGCCGUGAAGGCUCAGCUUGCAGACUCGAGGAUGCCUUUGACAGUCACGGCUGCCAACUCCGGCAUCAUGGUGGUCUUGGACAAGGCCGCGGAGCGCUGGGAGGCGAUUGUGAAUGAGGUUGCCAAGCUUUGGAUCUCCAAGCAGAGCCAGUUCAAUGUCAGCCUUGGAGACCUUCUUGCCCGAAAGGAGAUUGCAGACACCGAGCGCCUGAUCAACGAAGGGUGCCCAGACAACUUGGACAGCCUGCUGGCGAACGCGCAGAGCAUGGCAUCCCGCGACUUGCACAACAUGGCGAAGCAGUUUGAGGUAGACCUCCAGUGCCGCAAGUUGCUCCAGGGUUUGAAGCUGGCCCCAGACACCACGGCGGAGCUCAUGGACCUGGACCUGAGCCGAACCCAGCCGAAAAGGCUCAACGUCACGAUGGCGGUGAUCCAGGCUUUGAGCCGGCCGUUGAAGGCGACCGAGACGCGCGGCGCUUUGGCAAGGCGAGCCCGCCUGAUGGUGGGCGCGAAAGAAAUCCAGCUUCCCGCCGCGCUCGACCUCUACCUGAACAAAGUUGCGGCAGGCUAAAGCACCGGGGGUGUGGUGUCACAGUGUGACAUGUUAGCUGCUGGCUGUAGCAGCCACCGGCAUUGGCGUCCACAGGUCAGAGGGUCGUA